AUGUUAUCUACAUCCAUUUUAGCCCGCUUGAAAUCUUCACCAUACGGCACCGAUUAUCCAUCACGACUAUCCAUCAAACUGCCGUGCCACAUGCCUUUUCGACUUCCCCUCAAGCAUCUUCCCUCGCGAUACCUCUCCACCGCUCCCGAAUUUGCCAACCGCCUCAAGACCAUCAACCUAGAAGUCGAACGGAAAGUCCCAUGCCUCGCCAUUCCCACUCUGAGCGACCCUUCGCUCUGGUCCAACCCCGCCUUCAUUUCUGUUGAUCCUCUUCCGUUCAAAAUCUUCCACGAUGUUUACUACGACAACAAUGAUACCUUGAGCUCCCACGGUCUCUGGGUUCGGCAGAGAAAUGGUGUGUGGCAGGCCAAGGUCAACCCAUCAGUCAGGAGAGGACGGGCAAACACAAGAUUCGAAGAGUUACGGAUAGAAUCUGAUAUUCAAAAGGCUGUCGAGGCUAUCACCAGAGUGGAGGCGCAAGCCACAGCCAAUUUCGGGCUGAACAAGAUGGCUGACUUUACAACCUACCGAGAAGGGUGGAGAGUGGAUGGCGACUUUAUGGUUGUGAGAGACAAUACUAGCUUCGGGUGGGGCGUCGUUGAAAUUGAGCUGGAGGAACAGAUAAAGUGUGUGGGGGGAGAGGAAGUCGAUGAAAAGUGGAAGGAGAGGAAGAUGGAUGAGAUGGAUAGGAGAAUCGAGAUGUUCAUGGAGAAGUAUAGUUGGGCAUGGGGUAAAGGGCAGGUGAAGGGGAAGCUGAGUGCUUACUUGGACAUGACGAGGGGGAUCAGAAGUGGAAGGGUGAGGUAG